CCAUGACCGUCACCAGCAAAAUGAACAGUGUCUCCCGCCAGUCGGUGCUGAGCCGCCUCGGCCCCGGCGGUCUUCUCUACGCCGCAAAUAAAAUUUUAGCGGUCGCUGUGCCUGGAAAGGAGGAGGAACGCUGGCGUAGUAAGGACGAAGGUGCGCUCCUUUUCAAGAGAUGGGGACGCACCCGCCCUUCGGUGGAAUCCACCCCGGCACCCAACCCUGCUCCCGCCGCACCCAGCGCACAACCGUCGGAUCUUCUGAAGUUUUUAGCUAUUAAUGCAUUAGAACUAUCUGCUCCUGCAUCGGACGCACUUCUGAAGUCCCGAUCAGAAUGGUUCCAACUGUCAGGUCACCCAGGAUCUCUGGCGCCUGCUGGACCCGGUACUGUAUGGAAACGUCGCGCUGCUGGAGACCAUCCAGCCCACAACCCGGAGCGCGACGCAUACGAGGCCCUAGCUUCCUGUCCCCAUAUGCGCUUCGCAAUUCCUCGCUACUACCGCGAGUUGGAAUACGGCGGUGAGCGCUUCAUUGAGCUCCAGGAUCUCCUGCACGGAUUCCGGGAUCCCCAUGUUAUGGACAUAAAGAUGGGCACCCGAACCUUCCUAGAAGAUGAAGUCAGCAACGCCCGAGCUCGCAGCGACCUAUACGAGAAAAUGGUCCGACUCGAUCCCAACGCACCCACGAAAGCGGAGCAUGCUGCAGGCGCUGUUACAAAACUGCGUUAUAUGCAGUUCCGUGAACAGCGCUCCUCAUCCGCAGAGCAAGGGUUCCGCAUUGAAGCCGUCAAGCUGCCUGGUCAGCCACCACUCACAGAUCUGCAGAACGUUCGGGAGCCGCAACAAUUAGCUGCCACCGUAGCCCGAUUCUUGGGUAAAGACGAGCGCGCUCGCCAAGCUCUAGCCGAGCGCCUUCGUGAAAUCAGAGACCUCUUUGAGCGCUCCGACUUCUUCAAGACUCACGAAAUCGUCGGCAGUAGCAUCUUCAUCAUUUACGAUGAUGAACGCGUUGGAGCGUGGUUAAUCGACUUCGCCAAGACCAGACGUGUGCCAGAGGGUACACAGGUUGAUCACCGCGCUACCUGGCAGCAAGGUAAUCACGAAGAAGGUUUCCUAUUUGGAUUAGAUAGACUGAUACAUACUAUAGAGACAGCGAAGUUGCCUUCGGAAGGCAAUGAAGCAACAGAACCUGAUGUGUCGCGUUGAACUUACGGCGAGAGAUCUGCCCGGACUCGCCUCGUGGUCGUCACGCUGCCGGCACGGCUUGUGCUCGUGUCUCUCCCCUUGCGUUCCAAUCGGCGCAUGGAGAUGUUCACAAAAUGUAUUUGUGAUUUGUGCAUAUGAAAGAGAAUCGCGAUGAAUCGCUUAAUAUUUUGAUCUAGUCCUUAAUUUGUUAAAUAAAUUGUAUUGAUUUGUACUUAU